AUGAAAAGCAUUCGGAAAGCGUCGAAUUGGUUCGAAAUGCAAAAUCCGAGCCACGUUAGUGGUAGCUCUCGCGCAUCAGCUCAGAAUCCAUCAGGUGGAUUUGCGCAAGCACCACAGUCUUCAUCCCAGUCGAACAUUCGGCCACCAACAAAAGAGGAAUUGGAACUGAUGAAUCGCCAGAAGGUGACACCUGAAUUGAUCAACUACAUCGAAACGUUCAAAUUCCCAUUCAUUAACGACGUGAGCAAUUAUGAGAAAAUCGCUAAAAUUGGACAAGGAACGUUCGGCGAAGUAUUUAAAGCAAAAUGUCGCAAAAAUGGUCAAUUGGUGGCGUUGAAAAAAAUCCUCAUGGAAAACGAAAAGGAAGGAUUUCCAAUAACCGCCCUACGAGAGGUGAAGAUGUUGCAGAAAUUGAAGCAUAAACACAUAACCGAGCUCAUCGAAAUCUGCAGCAGUCGAGCUUCAUCACACAAUCGUGAACGUAGCACCUUCUAUUUGGUAUUUUCGUUUUGUGAGCACGAUCUGGCCGGACUCUUAUCAAACACACGUGUUCGCCUAUCAUUAGUACAUAUCAAAACGUUGAUGAAACAUCUCCUCGAGGGUUUAUAUCAAAUACAUUACGCAAAAAUCCUGCAUCGUGAUAUGAAAGCCGCAAACGUGUUAAUAACCAGAGAUGGAAUUCUGAAAUUAGCUGAUUUCGGUUUGGCAAGGCCGUUAUUCACAAGACUUCCAGGUCAACCAGAGCACUGUUAUACGAAUCGUGUUGUAACGUUGUGGUACCGACCUCCGGAAUUAUUGUUAGGUGAACGCCAUUACGGUCCACAAAUCGAUAUGUGGGGCGCAGGCUGUAUUAUGGCGGAACUUUGGACUCGGACACCAAUUUUACAAGUAAGUUUCUUUUUUGUUUGGAUCGGAGGACUCAUGCGAAGUUUUUUAUGGAAGCAUGAGGGCAUGUAUAGUUAUGUUUUGGGGAGUAUACAUGUGAACGUAUGGAUGGAUUACAGGGUGAAAGUGAGCAAAAGCAGU